AUGAGUAUUUAACCAAAUUAAUUUACUUCAGGGCUUGAAAGGCAAAUAGAUUUAUAAAAUUUGAGCUUUUAAAGCAAUGCAUAAGGAAACAACAAUUCAAUUAAUGGUAAUGGAAAUGUAAACUAAAGCUUCAAUUUUUUCUAGAAUAGGAUGUCUGCAUAGUCUAAUGGAAAGAUGUCAAUUGACAGUGUAGGGUACAAUCCAAACCUAUUAGCAGCUUUAUCUGGAAUAGGUGGUGCAGAUGCAUUGAAUAAUAUAUCGCCUGAUAAAUCUUAGAAUUCUAUAAGAGACCCUUACAGAAAUAAUAGUCUAUUUCCUUCUUAAAUAGAAAGAAAAACUAUAGAUGGAAUGUCAAAUAUUGAAAAUAGGUUAUCAGAAUAUUAGGACCAACUUUUCGAUUUUUAACAAUAAAACCAGAGAUGCUCUUUAGAGGACACAUUAUAAAUGACAGCUAAUAGAAAUAGCUAAUUUUAGAAUAGUUCUUAUCUAAGUAAUAACAUAUACCAGUCAAACAGAAAUAAUAAUAAUAACAUUUUUGGUAGAUAUUAAAGUUAAGUACCUUGCCUUAAUUCUAUGUACAAUAAUAUGUAUACAGAUGAUAAGUCAAUUCUUCAGAGCACAGCUCCUAAUUAAUUAAUGCCCUAAUCCUACAGAAUUAAUACUAAUCAGUUUGGUUUUAGUAAUCCAUAGUACAUUUCCACUUAAACAGUUGCAUCUUCUCAGAUGUAAUCUAUUAUUGGAGAAACUGCUUUAGCAGAUAAUGUCUCUAUGGGAACUUAAAAUAACUCUGCAAGUGCUAUGAGCCUUGAGGUACAAAAUUUUGAAAAAGCUCUUCUAGAUUAACUUGAGCAACCAAAUAGAGUUCCUGGAGAUAUUGCUGAGUAAUUUGCUAUUACAAGCAGCACCAAUCAAGUAACUUAUCCUAGUUCAGUUGGUGGAUAAAAUCCAAAUUUUUAUAACCUAAAUGCUGCAGGUCAAAAUGUGGCCUAAAGUUAAAUUCGUUACGCUAGUGGACUUAGUGCUGGAAACUCUGGCGUUCCACUCAUUUCUGUUGCUUAGUCUUAAGCUAACUUAAUAAAUAUACUAAAUUAAACAGCAAAAGCUAAUAUUGCAACAGAUUAAACUAAUAUCUUUAGCAGUAGUGAUGCUUAAACAUUGAAAUUAUUGCAACAACAAUAAUAAUAGUAAUAGCUAUAGCGUUAAAUUCUUUUGUCCUCUGGUUCAGGAAUGAUUGAUAUUGGAAUGACAUUUGGAAACUUAAAUCAAUAAAAACUUUUUUAACAAUAAUUUAAUGGAUAAUAACCUGGAUCAGUAUCUACAGCAGCAUCUGUAGGAAUGGGAUUUAGUUCCUUACCUGCAGAUAUAAAUAUGUUUGAGACUAUGGCAGCAGUAAAUGUAAAAACUGAAAAUGUUGGUGAAAAUGAAGGUAAUGAUUCAGAUAAGACUGAAAAAGGAGGAUAAAAGGAGGAAAAAGAAUAAAAGCGAUAAAUUGGUAAUACUUCUUAUCCAAGCAUAACUAGAGGAGCAGCUUUCUCAACUAAGCAAGAAGUUUAUUCUGAUGAUAUCUUUAAUUCUCUUUUAAAUCUAGAGGAAAGCUAAGACCGUUAGAUGAGUAUUACAAAUGAUAAUAUUAAUAAAUUUUAAGAAAAAAUGAGCUUAGCUAGUAAUAUUGGAAUAAAUAGGAGUCUAAAUAUUAACAGAGAUACAAAAAAAGAAAAUGAAAGCUUAAAUUUUAAUGAGAUUAAAUAAGAGAAAGAUAGUAUAGGAGGACUAAGUGAUUUAGGAAGUGCUAUUAAUUUCUAAAACAACAAUAAUAUCUUAAAUAUCAGCGGAUUUAAUAGUGGAGGAAACUUAAGUAUUUAGCGUGGAAGUAACUUAGCUAACUUUAAAAAUAACAACCGUACAACUUUGAUCAGCCGUCUAUCAAAUGGCACUAGAAAUUCAGAUUUAAAUAGAAUAAGUUUCCCAACAUUUGAUUACGAUUAGAAAUAAUUUUUAGAAAGUAAUGGCAUAGCUAUUAGAGAUUAGCAUGGAAAUUAUAUAAUUGGACAAAGUAAUAGAAGCUCUGCCAUGAAUAGUGAAUCAGUGAUGUAAGAUGAAGAGAAUGAGAAAAAAAAGAAGGCUGAAGAAAUAAUUGCUUGUAACUGUGGUAAAACUAAAUGCUUAAAGCUUUAUUGUGUUUGCUUCUAGCAAGGUCUUAUGUGUUCAGAUUAAUGUCGUUGUACAGAUUGUUAUAAUAAAAUAGCUUAUCUGGAAGAGCGUGAGCGUGCAAUAAAAGCAAUAAAGUAACGUUACCCCGAUGCUUUUGAAAAGAAGGUAAAUUUCCUCCCUGAACUAGCAAGAAAAAUAGAGGAUGCUGAAAGACUUGAUGCAGAUUUAGAGCUAUAAAAUUAACUUUUAGCACAUAAAAAAGGUUGUAAUUGCAAAAAAUCUGCAUGUAAAAAGAAAUAUUGUGAGUGUUUUCUGGCUGGUGUCAAAUGUACUUAUUUGUGUAGGUGCGAAUAGUGCCAAAAUGGUAAAAAUGAUGGGCCUGAAAAUUAAGGUCAGCAUAUAAAUAUUGAAGGUCAGAAUUUUGUAGAUCAAGAAAAUUACAAUAAAGGAAAUGUUGUUAGUAUUAAAACACAAAAUAAUACAUUUGGAAAUAUCAAGCUAGAAGUAUUUCGUCCAAUUCAUUAGUAAUAAUUUAUUACUAAAAUUGAAAGAAAUAGCAAUCAGUUACAUGAAAAUGGUGAAAAUCAAGAAGAUAACCGUAUUAUAAAUAUGGAAAACGAUAAUUUUAAUGGAGAGAAGCUAAACCAUUCUCGCUUUACUUAUUCUGAAUUAGAAAACCAUUACACAUAAAGAAAAAAAUAGAAAAAUAACAAUGAAGAUUUAUUUGAUUCAAUGAGCUAAGAAAAGUUAUAAGCUGAAUAGUUUGAUUAGGUAUUCAAUUAAGAAAACUUACAAAACUAAGAUGGUAUUGAUAAUAACAAUAAUAAUUAAAAUAACAGCUAAAGAUAAAGCACAUUGACGGAUGAUGAUAUAUAAAAAAUGAGAGCCUAGUAAGAGCAAAGCUUCCAUGAGCAUUAAUAAUAAUAAUAACAGAUAUAAUAUAUGAAAUAAUAAUAACAUAUGAAUGGUGAAAACAACAACAACAACAAUAAUAAUUUUAAUGAUUUCUAAAAUAAUAAAACUGAAUAACAUGAUUUAAAAAUAGAAAAUAGCUUACAAGAAAAUAAUGGUUUUGAUUUUAAUUCUUAUAACUAAAGUAAUAACCAAGAAAAUGUAAUUGCUUCAAGAAAGAAUAUGUAAUUCAUAAAUAUGAAAAGAGGAGCAACAGAUGAUAAUGAAUUUAUGGCAAAUUGA